AUGUAUCUAGAAGAUAUCCGCAAGAUAUCUUGUUCUACUUGGGGCCCCUUACCUGUGUCUCAUUCUUUGCCAGUGGUACAUGCUUCUCAGGAGGUAAGCGUGGCUUCAGUUGAUGAAAAAAUAAGAAAGUUUAUUUCUCUACCUUCAACAUCUUAUGCUGAAACCCACAAUUUAGUGACCGUAAAACCCAUGGGGUCAAUAGUAUCUGCAAAUAUGACUACAGUCGAAAAUUCAUCAAAGAAAAAAAAGCAUGAAGAUACUUCACCCGAGUCUAAAAUGACCAAACUCGAAAUUUUUGGACAUCAUCAUCCUGACCCUUUAUUUGAAAGUUUGUCCCUGGCUAGUAUUGCCCCACCAGACGUAAGCUACGAACUUCAUUUACCUGACCAAAUAAUUACCACAGGGUUGCUUUGGACCCUUCAACUGGAAGCUGUAACCUAUGCAUGCCAGCACCACGAGGAAAUCCUACCUGACGGCUCACGUGCGGGUUAUCUCAUCGGGGACGGGGCCGGUGUUGGAAAAGGGCGAACACUUGCCGGGAUUAUCCUCGAAAAUUACCAUCUAAACCGGAAAAAGGCGAUUUGGGUCACGUCUUCCAGCAGUUUGAAGUUCGACGUCGAUCGGGACCUUCGCGAAAUUCGUGCCAGCCACAUUUCAGUUCAUGAUUUGAAAGAUUUUGAUUAUCGCGAUGAUAUCUCGGGAGAUUUGAAUGGCUGCUUCACUGAAGGAAUACUCUUCUCUACUUAUUCGUCUUUAACUGGAGAGUCGCUAUUGGGCGUAAAAUAUCAGACGCGUAUUGAACAAGUAUCCCAGUGGUGUGGAAACAACUUUGAUGGCGUGGUCGUUUUCGAUGAGAGCCAUUGUGCCAAAAAUAUGGUGCCUGCUGCUUCAAAGGAGCCGUCCAAAAGGGGUUCAGCGGUCUUAAAACUUCAGAACAUACUGCCUAAUGCACGUAUCGUUUCUGCGUCAGCUACAGCUUCGUCGGAGCCUCGCAACAUGGCGUACAUGGUUCGGUCCGGUUAA